GGAACGCGCGGCGGUUCAUUUCCCGCGCUCUUGUUGACUUUUGUGUUUUAAAUUUUCGAAUUUCGAAUGCACAAUGAACUGUCAAAGUAAAGCUAACAAGUAUGUGUGCCCUAAUGACCGGCAGUUAUCUCUGCGUGCCAAGCUCCGUACUGGCUGGAGUGCAGCACGAAGUGAGCCUCCUUUGACGAACAGCGAGCGAGAAGCCAUAGCUGCUGUCGUCAAGCGAGCGGAGAAGCUGGAAGAAGUUGAAGCUAAGAGGGUCGGCAGACUCGUCGCGAGACUCGAAGGCAUGCGUCGCUCAGCCCAAGGACCAGCCCCCAGAACUUGCCUACUAUGCGGCGAGACAGCCAGGCUGCUGGCUCCUCUGAGAACCUGCGCCAUCUGCCGGAACUCAGCUUGCCCCAAGUGCGUGAUCGACACGCCGCCGCACAGGUCAACCUUGUACUCGCGGGAGCAGUACAUGUGCAACCUCUGUGCGGAGACCAGGGAGAUGUGGAAGAAGUCAGGCGCGUGGUUCUUCAAGUCGCUGCCCAAGUACAUCCUGCCAGAGAGACGAGCCACCGGCAGAUACAAUGAAACGGAGCUGGCGAGGUCUUUACAGCAGGAGGCUGGGAACAGCAGUAACGAAGGAAAAACAGACUCGGAGCCAGGAUCACCUUUGAGUGUCCACGCACCCUCGUUUUCAAGGCAAGCCAGCAGUAUAGAGAGGAAAUCCAUCGGAUCACCGCAUGACACACACUACGAAUGGUCCGAAACCGACAUCCUAUCCCACGGGUUCAGCGGACUGAGUCUCCACAGGACUGACAGCCUCAACCAGCGCCCCCUAGCCGGCCUCAAGCGCACAGGCAGCAAAGGAAGCGCGUACAGUCUCAGGAGCAUACGAAAGGAGAUCCCGAAAAACACCACCCAAAACGAAAGGCCCCCCACGAUACCAGAUGCGGGUUUUGGCACUCUGGAAAUAAAGCUGGCUUAUGAGAAUGCAACCUCCUCAUUGGCUGUCACAGUAUUGAGAGCCAGGGGACUUAUAGGCAUGGACAUGACUGGACUCUCGGAUCCCUUUUGCCGAUUAGAAAUUUUACCUCGAGAGGGAACAUACUCCAACAGACUCCGAACCAAAACAGUCCACAAGACGAAGAACCCUGAAUUCAAUGAAACUCUGCACUUCUUCGGCAUCACGGAAUCAGAUCUCUCGGUCAAAUCUCUGGAGAUCGUUCUCUUCGACGAUGACAGGUACGGCUGCGACGAGAUGGGCUCCGCUACAGUUGCCCUGAGGGAAUGCGCGAAGUCCCCGGCACAGCUUCGCUUAGCACUCUCAGGGUCCUCCGGGUCAGAGCCGACAGGACCCAGGGUAUUACUGGCGCUGUGCUACAACACCAAGCGACGAGCGCUGGUGGUGACGGUCUGCAGGGGCGCUGACCUCCCGCCGCAAGAUAGCAAUGGAUAUUCUGAUCCUUUUGUCAAGUUGCAUCUAGACCCCGACCCGUACCACAAGAAGCACAAGACCUCCAUCAAAUGGCGGAACCUCAACCCGAUAUGGAACGAGGAGUUCCUUUUCGAGACCCGGCCCACCGAACUAUCCCGGCAGAACUUGACCUUGACUGUAUGGGACAAGGACUAUGGCAAGCCUAACGACUUCCUCGGCAGCCUGGUGUUAGGAGCCAGCAGCAAAGGCCGGAGAUUGAAGCACUGGAUGGACUGCAUCAAGUUUCCUGAUCACAGACACGAGCAGUGGCAUUCUUUGACGGAUACACAGCACAUAUAAAACUAUUUUUAGCUUAAAAGUUGUUUUGUAUCCUUGAUAGGGAAUUUCCAUCAAUAUUAUAAUGGAGAUUUGUAUUUUUGGUGACCAAAAACCUUUGUAACGUGGCUUCAAUAUCCUCUAUAAUUCUUCAGCAAACUAUCGGAAAGGAAAAUAUUGUGGUCGGAUUAACCUUAUGGACGAGCUUCUAUGAUUACUUAAAUGGUGCUAGAAGAAAAGGUUGCAUUAUGCUUACUUCUUGUAUACUGAUUUACUGGUAGCCUAUGAUCCUUCUGUCCUUUACCUUCAUACUUAUUCUGGAGUUUCCUAAACUAAAAAUAGUAAUAUUGUUAGAUGACAGGGUUGAAAAAUUAGCCAAAGUUCACACAGAAAGAACAUUCGUUGUGUCGUCGAUUAGUCGAACAGUGUCUUAUGUUUUUAAAAUGAUAUGAUUUUCGACAACUAAGAAAGUUAGGUUUCGCGGAAUAUCUAUCUAUCUAGUCAUGCCAUACCUAACAUUCAAUGAUGUUGAUGGCAUCAAGAAAAACUUAACGGCCUACUUUUUACGUAAUUUACGUACUUAUUAAGAUGUGUAUAAUUUAUAUCACCCAUCAGAAUAAAGCUCUCGUGUUUAUAAAUGUACCGUACAUAAUCGUAUUAAAAUUAUUUACUAUUGUUGUGUAUAAACAUGAUAAUUUAUAUUAAAUUAUAAUACCUAUGUCAGUAGAUACUUAAGUGUUGUUAGACAUAAAAGUUUAUCUAAUUUUGUACACUAAAUAAUGUUUUUAAUGUGCCAAAAUAUAUAAUCCUAUUGCAGUUACAUAAUAUUGUAGAGAUUAAGGCAAGCGACCUUUAGA